UGGUCGCAUCUGACGAUUAGCGCUUGCCUUGGCUCUGACGUCAACGAGAUUGUCUGCGCUAGGUGAGUCUCGCGCACACUGCCUUCCCUUCCCCUCCGCUCUCUGUCGGUUAUUGUGAAGAGAUUGAACGAUGAGAUCGCUCGCGCUCGCUGUCAUCAGUGCCGCCCUAUAGAGACCCCUCAGCCCCGAGGCUCGAACACAACGACCCCACCCCCCGCUCCAAGAGGGACGGAGCGCAAUCCAUAGAGCCACGGAGAAAAAACCCUGUUCGGAGCCGGCUUCACUUGCCCUCAAUCCGGGCCUCAUGCUGUAGCAGACUGAACGAGCGAGAGAGAGAGACAAACAUACAGAUUGAGUCGGCGAGGGACAGGGCGGAAUAGAGGAGAAGAAGGGAUUGUUCAUUCGGCUCUAGACAUGGGAUGUACACUCAGCGCUGAGGAGCGCGCUGCUCUGGACAGGAGCAAAGCCAUCGAGAAAAACCUGAAGGAUGAUGGAGUCACUGCCGCAAAGGAGGUGAAACUGCUACUGCUUGGGGGAGGAGAAUCGGGCAAAAGCACCAUCGUCAAACAGAUGAAGAUUAUCCAUGAGGAUGGCUUCUCUGGGGAUGAUGUGAAGCAGUAUAAGCCUGUGGUCUACAGCAACACCAUCCAGAGUUUGGCUGCCGUCCUCCGAGCUAUGGACUCUCUGGGCAUCGAGUACGCAGACAAGGACAGAAAGGCGGAUGCUAAGCUGGUGUGUGAUGUGGUCACUCGUAUGGAGGACACAGAGCCCUACUCAGCAGAGCUGCUGACAGCUAUGAAGCGUCUGUGGGCCGAUGCCGGGACCCAGGAGUGUUUCAACAGGGCCAGGGAGUACCAGCUCAAUGAUUCUGCUGCCUACUACCUGGACAGUUUAGACCGUAUUGGUGCUGCUGACUACCAGCCCACCGAGCAGGACAUCCUGAGAACCCGAGUCAAGACCACUGGCAUCGUGGAGACCCAUUUCACCUUCAAAAACCUGCACUUUAGGCUGUUUGAUGUUGGAGGUCAGAGGUCAGAGAGAAAGAAGUGGAUUCACUGCUUUGAGGAUGUGACGGCCAUUAUCUUCUGUGUGGCGCUAAGUGGCUAUGAUCAGGUUCUGCAUGAGGAUGAAACCACUAAUCGCAUGCACGAGUCCCUCAUGCUCUUCGACUCUAUCUGUAACAACAAGUUCUUCAUCGACACCUCCAUCAUCCUCUUCCUCAACAAGAAGGAUCUGUUCGAGGAGAAGAUUAAGAAGUCACCACUGAGUAUCUGUUUCCCUGAAUAUACAGGUGCUAACACUUAUGAUGAUGCUACCGCAUACAUUCAGGUGCAAUUUGAGAGUAAGAGCCGUUCGCCCAACAAGGAGAUCUACUGUCACCUGACCUGUGCCACUGACACAGGAAACAUCCAGGUAGUGUUUGACGCAGUCACUGACAUCAUCAUCGCCAACAACCUGAGGGGGUGUGGCUUAUACUGAGGCCUAGCCCUGCACAGAGGUUGCAUUGGAGGGUGUGAGGUGGUUAAUAAUAAUAAUAAUUUUGAUGAUAUUAAAAGGCAUAAUUAUGUAAAUCUACACGUCCAAAGGGACCCAAAGAGCUGCCGCCAGACACCACGACGGAUUCUUUGCCAUGUUCUGUUCCUCUAUUCCUUUUUUUAAUUUCAGAAUUCCACCACCCCUCUUUUGUUUAUUUGUUAUCAACAUGUGUUUCCUACUGAAUGUCUUUCAUGUUUUGUUGUUGAUUGUAUGAACAACUGUAAGAUGUGAAUCAGAAAAGGGAAGGUCCAAGGGGUAUAUUCUGUUUUCGUGCCAUGUUUCGCAGCAAAUUAGAUAGAAAUGCUAUGCAUAGAGCGGAGAAGGUCCUCUUUUCCUUGUGAUAGAGAUUUGUGUCAGUUCUAAACAUAACAUCUCUAUCUGCAACAUCCAGAACAUUGAGCCCCAAUGAAUGUACCCCUUGGUGCUCCGUUUGCAGAGGUGAUGUUGUGCUCUAGUUGAUGAUGUAAUAGGGGAGGUACUGGUAGCUGGGGCGCGUAGUGGGGGUUCUGUCCAGCGUUGGAUAGAACCCCCCUCUCUGUUGGACUCACACAGGGCUGCUCUACAUGAGCUCCUUCUGCUCUGUUUUAUUUCUCUCUCUUUCAAACAUCCAGAAGGGGGGGCGGUUAUGUUUGUGUGGCAGGCUCUGCCAUUGGCCUCCUGCAGUGUGAUGAAAUGCCUGUCAGCCAAUGAUAUAUCUGUGUCGGGAAAGUGUGAUAUCAGUGCCAACCUUCUGAGCAUGACAGAUAGGGGAAUAGAAUUAGAGAUCAUUGAUCACUUUCACACUAUCUUUACAAUAUAAUGUAAUUGAAGGGACGCGUACGCUUUAUUAUCAUCAAAUUAUUUAUGGGUUUUAUUUCAACCUCAUGCCCUCCAUGCUUCCUCCUACCUCCUAGAAUCCCGUGCCACAUAUUUAUUUCCUGUCCUGUCAGACCGGUGGAACACCACUUCCUGUCUCAGUCUCAGAGGGUCUAGAGCUGCUCUGAUGGACCGUCUCAAAUGUCACCUCCCAUGUAGUGUACUACUUCUUCAAAAGUAGUACAUCAUAUGGGGAAUAGGUUAUCAUUUUAGACUUGCACACUCAAGUCCACUGGUCAGUGAUGUAUCAUAUGGUUGUCUCCUGGUCUCCUCUCACUUAUCACUUAUCACUGAGAUGAAAGGACUGGAUAGGUUUCCACCGUGUUGUUUUCACUCACUAGUCCUUACAGAUUUGUAGUUUUAGGAGAGGACAGCCACAGACCACUGACCAGUCUCUCUGCUUGUUCAAAAGGGUCAUCCUAGGUGCUCUUUAUGUAAUAAAACAUGAAUAUGUGAAUGCUCAGUUAUUUGGAAGUUGAGGUAAUUUGUAGAUUAGAUAAGCCACACAGUGCUUAGCUCAGGAUGACCCUUGUAAGCAAGCAUGCUGAAUUCCAAAUCCAUUCAUACUACCCUCUCUAGGCAGUCCUGUAGAUUUGAAAGGAUUUGAUUGGUUUAACCUUUUCAUGUCCAUAACGGAAAUGUAUAAUAUCCUUUAGUACACAUGUUCUCUGAGUUUACUGAUGGACAAAUGUGAAGAAUUAUUUUACAUUGGUCAAAGAGUUUGUCUACAAUGUACGCUUUUGAUAUUGUACUAUAUUUAGUCUUUGGACACAUGGGGUUACUGUUUUUUUUUACACAUUUCAUGAAUCAAGUCCUGUAAAUACAUGUUCAAAUUAUCAGAUCUUUUACAUUUUUGACAUAUAGAUUGUCCGGACCAAUAUAUAUAUAUAUAUGAAAACAAUACCUAAAGAAUCCACACACACACUCCUAGAGUGCAUGCAGUAUAAUCCCAUCAAAUGCAAGUCAAUAGAGACUGGAGAGUGAGUGAUUUUACAGCAUUGUCCCUCUUUCUCAGAUCUUAAACAUGUUCACAUCUUAAUCUUUUUUGGUAUAUAGAUUGUCUGGACCAAUAUAAAUAUGAAAACAAUAUCUAAAGAAAUCCACACACACUCCUAUAGUAUAUUAUACAGCAUAAGCAAAUCCAAUGUAAGUCAAUGGUGAGUGAGGCCUGCUACAGCAUUCUCCCUCUUUCUCUCCCUCUCUCACAAGCACACGCGUGUGUAUACACACCACAGACAUCAAUGCACACCUGUGUGUGUGUAUGUCUGUGGUAUGUGUGUGUGUAUGUCUGUGGUAUGUGUGUGUGUAUGUCUGUGCUAUGUGUGUGUGUGUGAUAAAAUUACUCCAUUGAAUUUGCUUAUACUGCAUGUGGAUUUAUUUAUAUAUUGUUUUUAUAUUCAUAUAUUGGUCUAGAAACUCUAUAUAGCAAACAUUAUGAUCUGAACAUGUUUAAGAUCUGAGAAAGAGAGAACAUGUUGUAAAAUGUCUCUCUCUGCAGUCUUCAUUGGAUUUGUAAAUACUGCAUGUAUUCUAGAGGUGUGUGUGUGAGAGAGUGAGUGGAUUUCUUUCGAUAUUGUUUUCAUAUUUAUAUUGGUCCGGACAAUCUAUUUACCAAAAAUGAUUAAGAUCUGAUCAUUUGAACAUGUAUUCACAUGACAUGAUUCAGGUAAUGUGUAAAACACAGUUACCCCAUGUGUCCAAAGACUAAAUAUAGUACGAUACAGAAAUGGCUGUAGUUCACAAACAACAAGUUGAAUCAUCUAUUUGGCAGAUUUGGGCUUAAACAGGUCAAAGAACAAUACUUUAAGCUUUUAAACUAUAUAAUUCUGAAAUGUAUUUCAAAAUACAUAUGCUGAAGUCAUUUUAAUGAUUAUUAUUGUCACAAAAUCCCAAUUUUGGAGGUAUGAUAGAUAAUGACAAUCUUAAAACAUCAAUGUGGCCUGUCUAGACACUUGUACUAACUAUGUUAUCACCAAAUGUAAUGCAUUUACACCAAAUAGAAUUUGUUCAGUGGCACAUUUUGAUAUUGUACUAAAUAUAGUACAUGGAGGUGAAUGGGUUAGACAAUAUGGUAAUUGUGUCACCUUCUCUUCUGAUAGAGUGGGUGGUAUUUUUGCCAAAUUGCUUAUAUAUAUAUAUAUACAAUCGUUUUAGAUCUACAGGCGUGCCCAAGCGGCAGGGGCUGGGGUAGAGUUGGAAUUCAGCAGCAGUCUCUCAGUGGGGAGUUUGGGUUAACCCUAACCCAUACCCCCUGACCUCAACCCUGAGCAGGCCACAGUCAAACCCCGGCUGUCAAGUUCUCUCUUUUCACAGAGGAAAAGUACUGCUCUCCACUCAUUCACCUGUGCACCUGAAGAUGCAUCCUAUCCCUCUAUCACGUGUCGUUCCUCAUUUCUCUCAAUCCCCCUUUCCAUUUUCAUCUUAAACACCGUACUGUAUAUAUAUGAUUAUACCAGAUUUCUUUUUUUUUUACUGUGAAUGCUUUUGUUCUGCACCCCUUCCUUCUCCGUAGUUUAUUGGUUGCUCUCUCAUGUGGAAUGUUUGUGCUGAGCCAAUCGAAUGUUGUGUUUACAUUAAAGCCACACUUUUCCUAACUA